UGUCCCCACGUGGCUGCCAGCCCAGCCCAGCCCAGCCUGGCCCCGUCACAUCCCAGCAGAUCCUCCAUGCCCCUUGGCCGGCUGGGCAGUCGUGUUCUCCAGCCUGAGUUCUGAGACAAGGUCUCAAAGACCCACUGAGAGGAGCCCGCGCGCGGACGCCCGUGAGUAGGUGAACCUCACUGUCAUGGUGCGGAACGUGGACGACCUGGACUUCCACCUGCCCUCGCAUGCCCAGGACGUGCUGGACGGCCUGCAGCGGCUGCGCUCCCAGCCCAAGCUGGUGGACCUCACGCUGCUGGUGGGCGGCCGGGAGCUGCCCUGCCACCGCGGGCUCCUGGCGCUGAGCAGCCCUUACUUCCACGCCAUGUUCGCGGGAGACUUCGCGGAGAGCUUCUCGGCGCGCGUGGAGCUGCGGGACGUGGAGCCCGCUGUGGUGGCGCAGCUGGUGGACUUCGUGUACACGGGCCGGCUGACCGUCACCCAGGGCAACGUGGAGGCGCUGACCCGCACGGCCGCACGCCUGCAGUUCCCCGCCGUGCAGAAGGUCUGCGGCCGCUAUCUGCAGCAGCAGCUCGACGCCUCCAACUGCCUGGGCAUCUGCGAGUUUGGGGAACAGCAGGGGCUGCUGGGCGUGGCCGCCAAGGCCUGGGCCUUCCUGCGGGAGAACUUCGAGGCCGUGGCCCGGGAGGACGAGUUCCUGCAGCUGUCCCAGGAGCGGCUGGCCACCUGCCUGGCCAGCGACCUGCUGCAGGUGCAGCCGGAGCAGAGCCGGCUGGAGGCGCUGCUGCGCUGGGUACGCCACGACCCCCAGGUCCGGGCCGCCCACCUGCCCGAGCUGCUCGGCCUGGUGCACCUGGACGCCGUGCCCAGGCUCCACGUGCAGCAGCUGCUGGCCUCGGAGCCGCUGAUCCGGGAGUCGGAGGCCUGUCGGGAGGCCUUGGCCCAGGGCCACGAGGGGGCGCUGCUGGCCCUCCCGCAGAAGCUGGAGGAGGUCCUGGUGGUGGUGGGCGGGCGGGCGCUGGAGGAGGAGGAGGAGGGAGCCGAGGAGCUCGUCCCCCUGGCCGGGAACUUCGCCUUCUACCACACCAAGGCCAAGAGGUGGAUGGCCCUCCCAGACUUCCCCGACCACCACAAAUGGGGCUUCUCGCUGGCGGCGCUCAACAACGACGUCUACGUGACAGGCGGCUCUCGGGGUUCCAGGACGGACGCGUGGUCCACCACGCAGGCCUGGUGCUUCCCCCUGAAGGAGGCCGCCUGGAGGCCAGUGGCGCCCAUGCUGAAGGCCCGCACCAACCACGCCAGCGCCGCGCUCAACGGGGAGAUCUACGCGGUCGGCGGCACCACUCUGGAUGUGGUGGAGGUGGAGAGCUAUGACCCCUUCACGGACACCUGGACGCCCAUCCGCCCAGCCCUCAAGUAUGUCAGCAACUUCUCCGCGGCAGGCUGUGGGGGCCGGCUCUACCUGGUGGGGUCCAGUGCCUGCAAGUACAAUGCCCUGGCUCUGCAAUGCUACAACCCGGUCACAGACGCCUGGAGCGUGAUCGCCUCGCCCUUCCUCCCCAAGUACCUGUCGUCUCCACGCUGCGCCGCCCUGCACGGGGCACUCUACCUGGUGGGUGACAACACCAAGAAGGUCUACGUGUAUGACCCCGGGGCCAACCUGUGGCAGAAGGUGCAGCCCCUGCACAGCCUGCACGAGAACGGGGCGCUGGUGCCGCUGGGGGACGCGCUCUACGCCACGGGCGGCCGCUGGCAGGGCAUGGCUGGGGACUACCACGUGGAGAUGGAGGCCUACGACCGUGGCCGGGACGCCUGGGUCCGCCUCGGCGCCAUGCCCCGCCUCUGGCUCUACCACGGCGCGUCCGCUGUCUUCCUGGACGUCUCCAAGUGGACCCAGCCCUUCGGGCCAGCCCCGGAGCCCUGAGCCACCCCGUGGCGCCCCUGGAGCGGGCUGGUGGUGCCCCCACCCCAGGGGCACGGCCCCCUUUCAGUCUGGUAUGUCUGACAGCUCAGCGUCACCGGCCCCUCUGGGUCCAGGCUGGGCUGGGGCCACCGGGGAUGACAGGGGACAGAGUCUUCGUCUCCGCAGCCACCACUCCAAACUCAGAGCUGACCAGCGACAAGGGCUGGGCCUCUGCAUGCCUGGAAGGAUGGGGAGAAGCUGUGCUCCUGCCGUGGGGCGUCUGAGACCUCAGAGCAUGGAGCCAGGCCCCAGGGAGCAGCGUGAGAACUCGUGAUCUGUCUGAGGACCGGCCACUCCAGGCCAUGUGUCCCUCGGGUGGCGGUCGAAGGGAGCCAUACAGAUGAGGGGGCCAGUGGGGGCCCUGGAAGCUGGGGGGCUGCUGAGGGCAGGUGGCACCUAGCAGAGGGCCCUGAGGUGGGGUCAGCGCCCGCCGUGGGGGGCCUGCUGCUAUCUCACAACUGUGUGACCCGCCCGGCAGCCCCCCCGCCCUGGUCUCAGGCACACAGGGUUGGCUCAGGAGGGGUCUCCCGGCCCCCAGGCUCACACUGGCACCUGGUUUCCAAAGGUUGCUUCUGGGGAAAUAGAAGGCCCAGCUUGUUCUGGGUCAGCCCCCCAGGAGGGCAAUGCCCGCAGAAACAAAGAAGGAAGGAGGCGAGGUGUGGGGGCUGGGAGAGACAGUCCUUCUGCUUGCUGGGGCGCUGGGGGCAGAGAGGGCGGCAAGGCUGCCCAGAGAGGGGGUCAAGAAGGGCCUGGGCUCCCCCCUUUCUUGGGGUGUGUGCUAAGUUGCUUAAGUCAUGUCCGACUGUUGGCCACCCCCUGGACUAGCCUGCCAGGUUCCUCUGUCCAUAGGCUCCUCCAGGCGAGAAUAUUGGAGUGGGUGGCCAUCUCCUCCUCCGGGGAAUCUUCCCGACCCAGGGAUCGAACCCUUGUCUCUUACAUCUUCUGCGUUGGCAGGCAGGUUCUUUACCACCAGGACCUAAAUGAAGGCGCUUCGUCAGGAGGAAGGUCCCCAGAGGGGAGCUGGCGGGGCUGGUGUCCUGGGGCUGGUGUCCUGGUGUUCUGGGGAUAGCUCCUGGGUGCUCUGGUGACUUGCCUUCAUGCGGCCUGCUGGGCAAGGAGGCCCAGCACGUGGACUGCCCAGAGUCCCCCAAGAAGCACUGGGGCCCCUCGCAGGGAGGGUUCAGCCCCCUGCCCCUCCUCACCCAUCCUGAAUGAGGCACCACGUCUGUGGCCACUGGGAUGAUGGAGGCCCCUCACCGGGCCCUCCCGCCUCAAUACAGGCUCGGUGGGGGCGCCCAGCCUGGCUGUAUCCCCAGCGCCGACCUGCUGAGCCCUCGGGCAGCUCCUGACACCCUCCAGACCUGGGUUUCGUCUCCAGGGCCAGCCCGUGGGCUCCUCCAAGAGUCCCUCGGGGACCGCAGGGCCCCCGAUGUUGCUGGUUCUGAGCAUCGGGUCCUGGGUCCCUCCAGCUCCCAUAGACCCAGGGCCACUUUGCUCCCAGACUGACUCCUGCCCAUCUCUUCUGAGAGACCUGAGUGGGUCCCAGGAUCCAGACAGAGUGGGGCGUGCUGAGGGUCUGCUCCCAGAGGAACAUGAGCCGCAGCCCUCAGGACGCCUGGUCGGUCAGAUGGUGGAUGGGGCGGGUGAAACCGAGGACGGAGUUCUCUGGGAUCCUCCCCGCUUUCUGUAAGAAAAUCACCUGAAAUAUUUUUUAGACGCUGAUCAAAGGUGCUAUUUCAAAGACUCAGCAUGUCACACUGGAGUUUUUUUCUGAUCAAAUACACGUAGUUGAAAAUGUC